GAAUAUAAUCGCGGCGUUUGGCGCACCAACAUCAAUACUCGCUAGCAUUCGAACCGAGAACAACACAACUCUAAUCAAUAUGUCUACCGAAGCCAAACCCGCCAAGAAGCCUGCCAAGCCAGCAGAGCACCCCAAGUACACCGAGAUGGUUGCAGCAGCUAUCGGUGCACUGAAGGAACGCGGCGGAUCUUCCCGCCAGGCCAUCGAGAAAUACAUCAAGGCCAACUACAAGGUCGGAGACAAAGUUGGCACCCAACUGAAGAUGGCUCUCAAGCGCAUGAGCGAGAAAGGCGCUCUAGUCCACACCAAGGGCACUGGAGCUUCUGGCUCGUUCAAAUUGAACAAGGCCGUGAAGGCUGAGAAGCCAAAGAAAGCGAAAAAGCCAGCGGCAAAGAAACCCAAGGCUGCCAAGAAACCCGCCGCCAAAAAACCUGCCGCCAAGAAAGCCAAAUCCCCCAAGAAGCCAGCACCUAAGAAGGCAACAAAGUCGCCAAAGAAGGCAGCGAAAAAGCCUGCUGCUAAGAAACCAGCAGCCGCCAAGCCCAAGAAGGCCGCGGCAAAGAAGCCAGCCGCCAAGAAAGCAGCGAAGAAGCCCGCAGCAAAGAAGGCCGCCAAAAAGCCAGCCAAGAAGUAGAGCGACUAUACAGUCAUUUUACACCAAACAACGGCUCCUCUAGGAGCCACCCACUUUUGUGGAAGUCAUACCUCAUCCAUCUAUUCCUACUUACUAAUAUUCAUAUCAGCGUGAUUAUAUUUAUCCACGUUAACCCCUUUGUCGAAUUUACAAAAAAUGAUCCCAUCCUAACGGCAUUAUCUCCAGUGAGUUGCCUUUGUUAUCGUUUCUAAUUGAAAAUAGUUCAUCCGCGAGGAAUCUCCGAAAAACAAACUACGAAUGAAGUGUAAUACGUUAGUGACGAUAUUUGAUUGAAGAAAAAUACUUGCUACGCGCUUGAAUUAGCCCAUGGAAAUUUAUACUUUUUGUAACUCGGCAUUGAACGGGAGCAUAAAAUGGCGGCAGGCAUUUUCUUUUGAAUUCGGUAAAUUAUAGAUCGAAUUAUGUGCAAAUAUAUGUUCGCAUAUAUCCCCCAACCAGAAAAGUGGCCUUUUCGAGGUGACUCUCGUAACACAUAUUGAAAUAAAGACUCGAUACAAAUGAUAAA